UUUACGUUAAUACGUUCACUCUACAUUCAAAAGUUAGCUAAACUCUCCCAGAAACUAAUGCUAGCUAGCUAGCUGGUCGUUUCAGUGUUUUAUAGAAACUUGUAUUGUCAGCUAACGACAUUUGAAUUACUUUUAGAGCGUUUCGCUAAAUUACAUAAGUUGUUUAGCUUAUUUUGCAGAGUUAACGUUAACUUUAGCAGUUAACGUUACUAACAGUUAGCCGAACUAACGUUAACUUUAGCUGACGUAGCUAAGCUGACUGGCAUGCCCCCCAAUAGAUGCCCACACCAACAAGCUACAUAUAAUAGCAAUGAAGGUAACAUAACACAGGGGGUUGCUGGAGAUAAAACACGAAGGAAUUGUGUGUAACUGUUAUGAUGUGAUGGACAAAAGAAAAGGACUGUCCCCUUCAAAUGGAAGAGCCUUAGCCUGUUUCCCCUGGUCAAAUGAUACUUCAGCUGAGCUCUGGCACAGCACUCCAGUUAAAAAGAAUACUGGUGUUGCUUCACUGAAUGCUAGCCAACCCUCUGUCCUAAGCAGCUUCAAGAUGGACAGCACAGCCCAACGGUGGGCCAGAAGUACACCUCCCCUCCCAGCAGACGACCCGUGUCCCCCCUGCUUGCAGGACACCGAGUGUCCUGUGAACGAUCCGAGUGGCUCCACCAUCCAGAAGCAGAGGAGGGAGCUCCAGCUGCUGAUGGCUGAGCUGAAGGACAGGGACAGGGAGCUGAACACUAUGGCUGCCUCCCAUCAUAAGCAGCUUCACGCCUGGGAACAAGAUCGCCACAGGGUGCUUACCUUGGAGCAGAGGUGUGCUCGUUUGGAUGAUGAGUUGCAGAAACGUAACGAGGUGAUCAGAGUCCUGACUAAACGUGUGUGGGUGGUGGAAACCAGGGAGGAGGAGGUCCAGAAGGAGCUCAGCGUAGCCCAACAGCAGCUCUGUGAGCUCGAACAGAAACAGCACAACAUCAGCCAACAACGUCAAGACUUUGAGGAGAAGAACCAAAGUCUCAACUCCACGGUCAUGGCUCUGUCCACUCAAGUCGGCUCUCUGCAGGUCAGGGAGGAAGAACUGAGCUCCAUGCUCAAACUCAAGGACAAAGAUGUGAUGGAGGCCUCUGGUCAUUUAGUCAACCUCACAGGGCGCCUACGAGACCUGGAGACAUCGCUGACAGAGAUUUGAUCACAAACCUUUAAAGAGGAGCUGCAGCAGCAGGUAACACAGAGCAGCACUCAGAGGGAGGAGAUCAUCCGUCUCAAACAGGAGCUCCAGCUGCUCCGUAGAGAUCUGGCGUUGUCAGGGGAGGGAGACUGCUGGAGAGAUGAGCUGCUCGAUCUGGCUCGCUCCAAACAGGAACGCACCAUGUCAGAGCUCCGCUGCCUACGACAGGUGUGUGAGAAUCAGCGGAAUGACCUGCAGCUCCUGCAGUUGAACCUGGAAAGUGCCCGUGAAACCCUGCAAGAGAAGACCGGUCAGGGGUUACCUGGCAGUCAGGAGGAGUUAAGAUGUGUCUGUCUGGACAGCGGGUCACCUUCAUCGCUCAGAGUGAAGAACUCAAGACCGUCACAUGACGCUGCCUCUCCACCCGCAGCCAAUCAGAAAGCCACAGCCAACUGUGACCUGGGAGUCUUCUCUGCACACUCGAUUGAUGGUGAUGAUCCUCUGUCCAGCUGUUCCCUGCAGCAGCUGUUGGAUGAGUCCAGACUGCUCAUCCGCAGCUCGAGACCCCACAGCUCUGUACACCGUAACCGUGUCCCUCCUAUGAGCUGUGGGGCCACUGACCCUAUUUACUCCAAUAAGUGCCAGACAUCCCACCAGCAGCACCUUCUCCACCCAACCACCCAGACAUACGAGGCCGGUGAUACUCCACCCAAAGCCUGCCCUCGACACCAGCCAGUCAUGUGGACGGUUUGACAUUCACUGAAGCACAUAUGUGUGGCUCCAUAUGUGCUAAACUUUUAAGUGGAGUCUAUUUUCAAAAUCAGUGUUACAGAACUUGAACCUGGAUGCACACAGGUAAAAGGUUGAACUGCCUCACAGGGAGAUGAUGAAGUGAUAAAAAUCCAUUCAUAACAUGAAUUUGUCACUCUGUAUACCCUGAAUCUGGUUUUUAAUUUGGUGCCAAAUCAUUACUGUGUAUCAUUUCUUUUUGGGGGGGGGGGUAUUCAUACAUACAUACAUGUGUUAUUUUAAUGCCCUGUUUCAGACUUUUAAAGGCUGCAUUGUGUGAAGUGGGAGAGAUGUGAAACCAGUCCUACAGGGCUGUUGAGUGGUGUGUACUUGUUUAGUCUUUCCAGUUUCACAGCCUGCAGAUUUGACGGUGACUCAAGAGGAAAUGUCGACGCUGUUAAUGGUGUUUUACAAUUUGUAACUUUGUCAUCCACUUUUGAUUAAAAAAAAUAUUUAUAUAUAAA